GAGCGACACUGUCCAAAGCAAUCAAAUUCUUGUUCAGUCCGAGUCGACAGCGACAACAGUUCGUUGUUGCAUUUACGAUCUUGUGCCGGUCGCUUUUGGUCAGUUACAAAACUAAUUUACAUAGUGCGGCAGUAUGUCGAUGACAUCGCUGGGCAUAAGCGCUGGCUUCAUGGUCGGCUGCUGCAUUGCGGCACAGAUUGCGCGCCGGGUGAGCCGUCGACUGCUCAGCCAGGAAGGCAUUGUGCCCGUGCUGAUGAACGAGGCGAUUGCCGCGGCGGAACUGUGCGCCUGUUGCUUCGAGCUGAUCAUCGUGGCCGAUAACUUUGGCGUGGCCACCUAUGCCAUAUUUUUGUUCCUGCUGACCAUCUGGUGGGGCAAGGUAUGGGGCGAUGCCUCCGCCUGUCCGUACACACACAUGGAGGACGUGCUGGAGGGACGCACCAGCUUUAAGGAGAUGGCGCUGCGCACCUGGGCAGAGCUAAUGGGCGGCUGUUGUGUGUAUCGCAUUGUUCAGGUCUUCUGGUGGCUGGAAUUCGCCGAGACGCACAAGGGGCGAGCCUUCGAGGAGUGCAAUGCCGAUUUGCAGGUUAGCCCCUAUGUGGGUGCUGCCAUCGAGGGCGUGGCCACACUUUUGUGCCGCCUCGCCUCCAAAACGAUUAGCGUACAGGAGCCAAAAUUUAGCAGUUAUAUUGAUUCGUUUAUCGGCACCAGCCUGGUGGUCGCAGCCUUCAACUUUUCUGGCGGCUACUUUAAUCCGGUGCUGGCCACGGCUCUCAAGUGGGGCUGUCGCGGACACAGCAAUCUGGAGCACAUCAUUGUAUACUGGAUUGGCGCCUGUCUGGGUGCCAUGUUAUCGGUGCCCAUUUUCAAGCUGUCCAUUGUACGGCGUUUCCUUCUGGGCGAGGAGAAACCAAAACAGGCCUAAAAUAGUUCAUUUACUUAUGCUUUAAAAUUAUCGAUAGUACCGCACAAUUUAUAAAGCCUUGCUAUCGAUAGCGAUACUAUUCGAUACUUUAUGACAAAUACAAUAGCAAAAAUGAUCGAAU